AUGCUGCGUGGCAUCCUGAAUCCCCCCGGGCCUACCAAUGAUGAAGAAGCAACCCAUUCUGGCCAGGACUGCCAUGCCAUCAACAAGGUUGAAGUCAAGUACAAGAGGGCCCAAAAGCAUCCUUGCGUCUUCUGCAAAGCACCACAUUCUUUUGCUGAAUGCUCUCUUCUCAAGAGUAUGGAGUACCUCAAGGGAGUUGCUAUUUGGAACCAGCAACACAUCAAACAAGAGGUCACUGCCCGUUGCCAAGUCUUCCCUGACCAACUUGAGCGAACGUUGAAGACUGGACAGCCGGAUUAUCAAUUGGGCUGUUGUUAA